CAAUUGAUAUUGCUUGCCCUUCUUGCAGUCAAAAUAGCUUCGUGUGGCAAAGUAAGAUAUGGGUUUUCGUUGAUGGUUUUGUCUGGGAGCGAUCUGGAUAUGAUGAUGUUUUUGUUAACAAAUCCAUGGUUGAAUUUGUCUCAAGUUUGGGGAUUCACAUCGAUAUCCGAUGCCGCCAUUUCGAUUCUCGUUCUUAGGGUCUUCGUUCUUUUUACCAAAGGCGUUAUUGUCCGUGUGAUGAUAAUAUGGUUCAUUCACGGUGUUUUUCCGGGUAUGCCCGGUCUUCUCAGUCUGGCAGCAAUAGUUGCCAACAUCGUUUUAAUGCAAAUUUGCGCCCUUCGACGCAUGUGGAACCCCGGAAUCACUUCGGAGACAUUUGCCGUGAAGAUCUCUAACAACGUCUUUGGUUUGAGAUGUAUGAAUGGAUGGGAUUACUUCGGUAUCAAGCCAAAUUUUCUAAUGGGCACUAUGACACCGAUACGGACUAAUUGGUAUCGAGUUGUCGGUUUCUCAAAACUUUCUCCAGGAGCAACGAGCUUUGUGUAUGUGAUGUGGAGUUUCAAACAAAGAAUGCCAAUAUGGCAUACAUAUCACAUUCGAGUAAGAUGGCUAAUGAAAGAGGAACAUAACAUGUUUAACAACAUGUUAUCGAGUAAGACUUAUCGAAAGGAAGCAUCGUUAAAUUCACUUUUUCAGUUUCGUCAUCUUCUGGCACAUAAUUUUGCUUUUGUAAUAAGUUGGUUUCUGAAGUUUUGUAUUGGCUUUGUACUUGCUAUUGUAAUACUAAUUGUCUAAUAAAAGUUUUUAGAAGG